AUGGCCAGCCACGGCAUCUCCCGCAGCGAGUACACCGCCCAGUCGCGCGACGAGCAGCUGCGUGCAAAGGAGCUCAAGAAGAUCACCGAGUACAGCGAUCUCUGCGCCCAGGUGCUGGAAAGAAGAGCCGCCAACGACCUCACCCCCGCCGCCAUCGACCUCACCUCCCAACUCCUCCGCCUCAACCCCGAAUUCUACACAAUCUGGAACUACCGCCGUCAGAUCCUUCUCCACACGCACCUCGCCCCGCCGCCCACCGACACCCCUCCCGACGACACCUACCACCAGACCCUCACCGCCAACCUGCACAACGAGCUAACCUUCCUCCUCCCCCUGCUCAAAACCCACCCGAAAUGCUACUGGCUCUGGAACCACCGCCUCUGGACGCUUCACCAGUCCACGCCGCUCCCCAACAACCCCUUCUGGUCCGCCGAGCUCACCCUCGCCACGCACCUGCUGCGCCGCGACGUCCGCAACUUCCACGGCUGGAUGUACCGGCGGCUGCUCGUCCUGCAGAUCUCGGGCUCGCUCACGGAGCAGGAGUUUGCGUACACGACGGCCAUGCUGCAGGGGGCGGGCGGGAUGUCGAAUUACAGCGCGUGGCACCAGCGGUCGGCGCUGAUCCCGCGGCUGCUGGAGGAGCGGGGCGCGGGGGGGCAGGAGAGGAUGGACUUUUUGGAGGAUGAGUUGGAGCUGGUGAGGAGGUAUACGAGCACGAAUCCGUGGGAUAGUGCGGUGUGGUUUUAUCAUUGGUGGUUGGUGGGGAGUAGCGCGGUUUAUACUGAAGGCGCUGGUGGGGUGUGUGGGGUUGUUGUGGAGGGUGAGGAGGCAGCCGAGGGGGGAGGGGAGGAGGAGGAGGAAGAAGAAGAAGAGGUGGAUGAGGAGAAGGAGAAGGUGGAGGUCAAGGGCUGGAUUGAGAAGUUGAUUGAGCUCGAUUCGAUGAGGGCAGGGAGAUAUCGGGAUCUGGAGAAGGAGCUGUGGGCCCUGCUGGUGUAG